CCCGGGGCAGCCCGGCGGCUUUCCCGGCAGCGGCGGGUUCAGGGGACGUCCCCGCCGGGGUGUGCAGGCCCGGGCAGUGCCGGGGGCACAACACACAGCACCACGAAGUCUAAAUUGCUGCUGCUGAAAGCUUGUGCAGAGCUUGGGCCUCUGUUGAUGUGAGUGCAGCCCCUCCUGCACCCUGGCUUUAACAGAAAGGAACAUCCUGGCAGCUCAAUAACUGAGGUUUUAUCAAAAAUGCCCAGUGAGAAGCAGGCUGCAGUGAAGUACUACGUUGGAGUUGACGUGGGCUCAGCCAGCGUUCGCGCGGCGCUGGUGGACGGCGCUGGGACGGUGGUGGCACACGCAGAACAGCCCAUCCAGGUUUGGGAGCCCCGGCCAGACUACUAUGAGCAAUCCUCUGCAGACAUCUGGGCUGCCUGCUGCUCUGUCACAAAGGAAGUUGUCCGUGGAGUGGAUGCCAGCCAGAUCCGAGGGCUUGGGUUUGAUGCUACCUGUUCCCUUGUUGUGGUGGAUAAACAGUUCCAGCCUUUGGCAGUCAACUCUGAAGGACAGAGCCAUAGGAAUGUGAUCAUGUGGAUGGACCAUCGUGCAGCCAGCCAAGUCAAGCGCAUCAAUGCCACCCAGCACAGGGUUCUCAGCUACGUAGGGGGAGCCAUGUCUGUGGAAAUGCAGCCUCCUAAGUUGCUCUGGAUAAAGGAAAACUUGCCAGAAUCGUGGGAGAAGGUUGGCUACUUCUUUGAUCUUCCGGAUUUCUUAUCUUGGAAAGCCACAGGUGUCACUGCAAGGUCUCUCUGUACAGUAGUGUGCAAGUGGACAUACACGUCAGAUAGAGGUUGGGAUGACAGUUUCUGGAAAAUGAUUGGUUUGGAAGAUUUGGUGAAGGAUAAGUAUGAAAAAAUAGGAAACCACGUCCUGUCUCCUGGAGAGGCUGUUGGGAAAGGUCUGACAGCGGGCGCUGCGGAAGAGCUCGGGCUCCCCGAAGGGAUUGCAGUGGCAGCAUCUCUCAUUGAUGCACAUGCUGGAGGACUAGGAGUAAUUGGAGCAGAUGUGAAAGGACACAACCUUCCAUGUGAGAACCAGCCCAUUACGUCCCGAGUCGCUAUGAUCUGUGGAACAUCUUCGUGCCACAUGGGGGUGAGUGAAACCCCCAUUUUUGUGCCUGGUGUUUGGGGACCAUAUUUCUCUGCCAUGGUACCUGGACUGUGGUUGAAUGAGGGAGGCCAGAGUGCUACAGGAAAACUGAUCGAUCAUGUGGUGCGAGGCCACGUCGCCUUCCCAGAAUUGGAGGCCAAGGCUGAAGCCAGUGCUCACAGUAUAUAUACAUACUUGAACAGUCACCUGGAUCUGAUUAAGAAAUCUUUGCCUGUGGGUUUCCUCACUGUUGAUUUACAUGUUUGGCCAGAUUUCCAUGGUAACAGAUCUCCCUUAACAGAUCUGACACUAAAGGGCAUGGUUGUUGGACUAACAUUGUCUCGGGGUCUGGAUGAACUUGCCCUUAUCUACCUGGCCACGAUCCAAGCCAUUGCUUUAGGAACGAGACACAUUUUGGAGGCGAUGCAGGCUGCAGGACAUGAGAUCACCACGCUGUUCCUGUGUGGUGGGCUGAGCAAGAACCCUCUCUUUGUGCAGAUGCAUGCUGACAUUACUGGCAAACCUGUUGUGCUGUCCAAAGAAGUGGAGUCUGUUUUGGUGGGUGCUGCUAUUCUUGGAGCUUGUGCUUCUGGGGAUUUUGCAUCUAUCCAGGAGGCCAUGGCAAAAAUGGGGAAAAUUGGAAAAGUUGUGCAGCCCAACCAUGAGCAUAAAAGAUUUUAUGACAAGAAAUACGAAGUAUUUUUGAAGCUUGUGGAGCACCAGAGAGAGUAUCGCUCCAUCAUGAACAGCGUGUGAUCCAGAGGCUUGGGAGCUGGGAACAGCAGGCAAAUUUUCAGGCAUGUGUGAUACGGGUAAUUUCUUCUUACUGUACUGUCCAUGUUAAAAAUAUCCUGUUAUCAUUUAAAGUAUACAUUUUCAUUUUUAAUGAGAAAUAAAAUGCAGUCACUUUACUGUGAA